AUGUCCGCCGCAACAGCAGGGCCUCCGGCUCUGCCGCACCGGUCCACGACGAUGCACAGCGUCGCAACCAAUGCUACGAGUGACGAUGAGGGAGUUAUGGGAGAAGAUACUAGCGAGACCACGCGCCUCCUGCUCGAGCGUCUGCAAGCAUGGAAACACAUGUGCGGAUAUUUGGAGGAGUAUAUCGAGGCCACGGCCAAGUUGCAGAAGUCGCAGGCAAAGGACUACGAGAAAGUGCUCAAGACCGUGAGCAACCCUCUCAGAGAGGGCCACCACUUCGACCAAAGCUUAGAUGGCGUUUCGGGAAUGUUUGAAACGUUGCGCAACAAUACAAGGGGAGUGUCCAACAUGCACAAUGAAACAGAACAAAAUCUCAAAGGCCAAGUACUCCCCAUUCUGGACCGUCUCCACAAAGAGAUCAAGAACAAGGCCAAGGAACUCAAUUCGGGUGCCCUCAAGGGAUCCAAAGCUGUCGACAAGGCCCGUGGUCUUACUCAGAAACACAUUGAACUCCUCGGUCAGUAUGCUGCUGUUCACGGAGCAUUCGCCAGCAACAAGAUCGAGCCGCAACACGACCCUUACGUGUUGCGCCGCGGCAUCAACCAUCGCCUGAACAAGCAGGUUAUUGAAGAAAACAACAACCGAAAGGACACGAUCACAGUGCAAAACUCGUUUGCCGAAUUCGAAGCCCACGUCAUAGAGACCGUGCAGCUCGCCAUGAACACGUUUUUCCAGUUCAUGGGCGCUCAACUGGAUCAACAUCGCGCCUUGUAUGGAGACAUCACCGGCAGCGCAACAAAAAUCCCCGGAGACUACGAAUGGGCCCGCUUCAUCAAGCGCAACGACGGCAUCCUCAUCGACCCAGACCAGCCCCCCAGAUCAUUCAACAACAUCACCUUCCCCAACCAGGACCACGCAUCUACCAAGCCCACGAUCGAAGGAACAUUGGAGCGCAAGUCCCGUGCAAUCAUCAAGGGCUUCAGCUCUAGCUAUUAUGUAGUUACGCCUGCACGAUACCUGCACUCAUUCAAGGACACGGACGAUUUUGCCAAGGAUCCCACGCCAGAUCUGACCCUUUACCUGCCAGACUGCGUCAUUGGCGCCAUUGACGGGGUCAAGUUCAAUAUCAAGGGCAAGGAUGUCUCGGGUGGUAAAGUCGGUAGCGCGUUCACCACCACCACCGAGUUUCAGUUCAAGGCACACACCCCCAACGAUGCUGAGAAGUGGUGGCGAGUCAUCAAAGACUCAAGUGCAGCUGAGGCGCCUCCUGCUCCGUCGCCCAUCAACACUGAGCCGAGCGGUAUCAAUCGUGCUCCCAGCCAUUUUCACACUUCCCCUGGUGGAUCUGCAGUGUGA